AUGUCGACAUAUUUUGCCCAUCAACCCUCAUCAUCAUCAUCAUCAUCAGCGUACAACCCCCCAGUACCUGUGAUUAUAACAGUAAUCUUUCUCCUUUCUUUCUUUUUUGGUUUCUUCGCAAUUCAUUUUUGUAAGUGUAUCCUUGAGAAUCUUGCAUCUAAUAGGCCUACGGUCGAGGUUAUCCCUCCCGAUGCCGCGGAUGCUGUCGUUGUCUCGACCGAGGAUGUGAAUAAAAGCAAUGGCCUUGAUCCCGAGCUAGUCCAAUCUUUCCCGACGUUCUAUUACUCCAACGUCAAGGAGUUCCGUCGAGAAAAAUACGGCCUCGAGUGUGCUAUUUGCUUGGGAGAGUUCGAGGACGAUGAUCUUCUCCGGCUUUUGACGAUUUGUUGUCACGUUUUCCACAGAGAAUGCGUCGAUCUUUGGCUCGAAUCGAAUAAGACGUGCCCGGUCUGUCGCCGGGAGCUCGACGUGCCGAGGAAAUCGUUUGAGAAAUCUCUGGUGCUGCUCCAUAGCAAUUCCAUGCAUGAAAUCGGAGCGAAUAGUCAAUACCGAAGCCCCCUAAUACUACGUAACGCCGUUUGUAUCGACAUUAAAGAGGAUAGCAAGGCGGAAUCCUAUGAAGCCGAAGCACAAAGCAGCUCUUCGAAUACAAAGGAAAAAGAUCAUCCAAAAGGGCUUUUCAGGUCGAACUCGAUGGGGCACUCCAUAGCUAGGGUUAGAGAAGAAGAAGAUGAUGAUAGCAAAUAUAGACUGAGAUUGCUUGACCAUGUCAAAAUAAGAAUUGUAACAGGACACAAAUCAGCAGUAAGUUGUAUAUCUUUUAGAGAUUUUACGAGCCCCUUGAACUACACAGAUGCAGCUUCAGGUGAAGCAUCGGAGACACUUGGAGAAGACAUAGAUAAAGUAUAA